AUGUGCUGCACCCUCAGCUCUCCUGAAAGGGAGAGUAGCCACAUUUUUACAAAGGCGAGAAGAGAGCACCUAGUUGGUCCGGAGCCGCUUCGGCAAGAGCUUGCUUUCGCAAUUGGCACAAACAAGGGUGAGAACAUGGGUCGAGCUUCCCUGAAGACGAUGCUGAAAACCAACUCUUCCUCGCCAGACGUCUUUAUGACUGUAAAGCCGGUACCACACCUGCGCAACAUCCGGGAAGUCCAUGGAGAAUACUCGGACGGGCUUCUUCACUCACUUGCUGCUGACUUCUGCACUGCCGAAGGCGGAGUCCGUGAGCCACCGGCAAGCUCUCCUACCAGUCUGCCAAUGGGUCAACGACACUGUGAAGAGGAUGAUAUUAAUAAUGCAGCGGACGGCUGUGAAGGAGGUCUUUUAACGGCGAAAGCUGUCUCCUCUUGGUUUGGAAACGGGGGCUGGCCGAGACAUAUUCUGCCUCGACCCGCAAAAGCUAGAGAUAUAUAUAAACUUACACAGGCUGUGUCUAAUUGGCAAUCCAGCCUUCUUUCAACUUUGCCCAAGCAUCGAAUCACCGCAUAUUAUCCACACACAUCGUCGAAAGUUCCACGUCAGGGGUUUGCCUGGUCGCGGCUGGGUCGAUGGCAUGGCUGGUGCUGCUGCUGCUGCUCGUGGUGUCAUAUCCUCAGAAACUCCCCCAGCUCGCCCCUGCCCGCCGCCUUUCCGCUCGGAUCGCUGCUCUCUUCCUGGAAACACACUGUUGAGCCACGCCUGGCGCCCUUAUCUGCCACAUUUUACAACUCAAUUAAAUCAAAAGGCUUGAGCAUUGGCGUGACCCUCAGCCUAGCAAUUCGUGCCCCAGACAGGCUUUUUCCCUGCCGUUUGGUUGAUGGUAACUUUCAACCCAGAACAGGGUCUCGUCUGAUUGAACCAAACAACCAGGACUCGCGUACGAUCGAAUCAAGGCAAUUAUCCGAUCAACGGUACACUAAAAGCCUUCCUUCAUGUAUCAAGUGGCCUAUGAAUCACCAACUCCCAGACACCAGGAAGUCUGCCGGCCCAAAUUGCUCAAUCAAAUCCGUCAAUCUUAACCUUGACCCUGACUACCACACAUCAUCCAACUCUUCCUGCGUGCCCGCUCCCUGCGUUCCUCUUCCCCUGCUCCGAUUCUGCUCGACCUGUCCAAUAUUAAUUCAGAUAAAAAAAAUAAAUAAAGAGAAGUGAGAAAAAUAAAAAGGAAUAAAAGAAAUAAAAAAGAAAGGGAACAAGAGCUGUGGUUACGGAAGAGUGGCGCGCGUUUUGACCUCAGAUCCUCCAACCCCCUCGAACCAUCGAACCACAUCCGUCUCCCUUCGUCCUCUCCUUCCUCGACGUCGAUCGUGCCGCUGCAGCGGAGUCCUCUGGUUUCGUUCUUAACCUCUCAAGACUCCAAACGACCUACAUUGCGUGUUGCGCGAGAUUGUCGGAUAUCUGCAGUUCGCGGCCUCCUUGCGAGGAUCGCGCUCACCCUGCGAAGCCUUUUCUAUUGGACGCGAGGACUCGGCAAUUCAACCUUUGAUUUGUUGUCAACCGGACUGCGGGAGAAAUGAGUAACAGCACGGGCCAGUCGAGGCAAACCGCGCCGCUGUAUGAGAACGGACUCCAGCGCAACUC